AUGAGCUCCUAUCUGAUCACUGGCUCCUCCCAGGGUAUCGGCCUCGAGCUAAUGCGCCAGCUUGCCGCCAAGCCAGAGGAAAAUGUCGGCACCAUCUCUGCCUCUUCUCGAUCCUCCAAUAAUUCCGAGGAAAUUCCACAGCAGCAUCCCGGUCGAAUUAUACCCGUGCUUCUCGAUGUGGCUGAUGUGUAG